GAUAAGUCAGGGGAUAAGCCAGGGGAUCAUCGUUGGCAGCGCUGCCAGCGAAGGAUCGGAGGCAAUUGGUGCAGUCACCAGCGGGAGUCCACAGCACAAGUUGCUGGGCGUUGGGGAUAAUUCGAGCGGCGCUGGCGCCGUCAAACUGCGCAAGCACAGCGAACGAACGACGCCGGACGCCAAAACGCACGCCUCCUAUCGCAUCUCCAUGGCCAAUUUGGAGGAUACACAAGAGUCCGAACUAGAUCUGAUUCUCGGCGAGCUGAGCUUGCUCGAGGCCCAGAUCAGCUACGGUGAGGCGAGCUUUCUGCCCGGCGUGGCAGCUGCCGCCGGUGUCGGUGCCAAUGUUGGUCCUAAUAUUGGCGGAGGUUUGGCUACGCCACCGCCACCGCCGCCACCUGGCCUGGCCUCCAUAUCGGCCGCCUCGUCGCGCACACAUUCACGCACAAACAGCAGCAUAUCCGGCGAUGUAAGCACCACAUCCUCCUCGUCGGGCAUCUCAGAGAAUGGCAAUGGCCCGAGCAGCAUUGGCCUCAGUGCUGCUGCAGGCAACGGCAACGGCGUCGGCAGCGGUGGAGGCGGAGGCGGAGGCGGAGGAAUUGGAGUCAUGGGCAUCACCGCUGGACACAUGACCAUGGGCAUCACGCUGGGCGUUGUGACGCCACGUGAGCCGCGCACCGAAUCGCCGGACAAUGAUUCGGCAUUUAGUGACACCGUUUCGCUGCUCUCCAGCGAGUCGUCCGCCUCGUCCAACACCUCGCUGCAGCAGCAACAGCAGCAGCAACAGCUGCAACAACAGCUGCAGCAGCAACAACAGCAGCAACAGCAACUGCAGCAGCAACAGCAGCUGCUGCAACAGCAGAAAGUACAUUUACAGCAACAGGUGCAGCAACAUCAUCAGCAGCCGCUGCAGUCCUCAACAAAGGCAGCCAAAAUACAACUGGCGCUGCACAAGCUCGAGAGCGCCUCGGUAAGGCGUCUCUUUGUCAAGGCCUUCACAUCCGAUGGUGCGUCCAAGUCGCUGCUCGUGGAUGAACGCAUGGGCUGCGGCCAUGUGACGCGCCUGCUGGCCGACAAGAAUCAUGUGCAGAUGCAGCCCACGUGGGCGCUGGUCGAGCACUUGGGUGAUCUGCAAAUGGAGCGUCUGUUUGAGGAUCAUGAGCUGCUGGUGGACAAUCUGAUGACAUGGAAUUCGGAUGCCGGCAAUCGUGUGCUGUUCCAGCAGCGUCCGGAUAAGGUGGCGCUAUUUGCCAAACCCGAGCUCUAUUUGCCGGGGCCACAGAUGGCGCCCGGCUCGCAGCAUGAUGAUCAGACGCGUCACAUGCUGCUGGAGGAGUUCUUUGAGACGCACGCCCAGCUGCAGCUGGACGGGCCGCUCUAUAUGAAGGCCGAUCCGAAGAAGGCCUGGAAGCGUCAUCAUUUCGUGCUGCGCUCCUCCGGCCUCUACUAUUUCCCCAAGGAGAAGACGAAGAACACACGCGAUCUCGCCUGCCUGACGCUCUUCAGCGGCCACAAUGUCUAUACGGGCAUGGGCUGGCGCAAGAAAUACAAAUCUCCGACAGAUUAUACAUUUGGCUUCAAGUCCGCGGCGGACUCGUCGCUGGGCAAAUCCUGUCGCUCGCUGAAAAUGCUCUGUGCCGAGGAUGGCGGCACCUUGGAUCGCUGGCUGACCGCCAUACGCAUCUGUAAAUAUGGCAAACAGCUGUGGCACAAUCACAAGCUGCUCAUGGAGGAGCUGUGCUCGGGCGCUGGCACGGGCGGCAGCGGCAGCUUUGCAGCCUCGAUGCGCAGCGAAUCGAUUAGCAGCAUCUCGUCGGCGGUGCCAUCGCAAUGCGGCAGCGUCUCCUCGGCCAUAAGCAGCAUGUCGAACUCGAGCAGCGGCCGGAUCUCGCGCGCCUCCAGCUCCAGUUCGAGUGGCUGCCUGUCGGAUGAGAAUAAUGCCUUCGAUUCGGAGUUCACCACCGGCACCAUCAAGCGUAAACCCUCCAUGAAGCCCAAUCUGCCGCUGACCACAAUGACGCGUCAGCUCAAGGAAGUGGGCGAAAUAAUCACCGGCCCCGUGGCGGUGGCAACAGCAGUCGCCACAUCGGUCGCCGAAUCGGCUGCCUCGCCGGAGCGCAGCGGCACACUGACGCGACGGCACAGUCGCCGCAAAUCGCAGGAGAGCAACGGCAGCAGCGGCGGCACGCUCAAGCGUCGACCGGUCGUGGCGGUCAGUGCGGCGGUCAAGCGUGAGGUGAUUUGCUCGGCGACAAACGAUGGCGGCUCCUCGUCGUCCAGCAAUUCAACGCCGACGCCCACACCCAGCAUUUGUGCUAAGCCGCCGCCCGGUCUCAGCGAUGCGGAGCUCAUGUGCUCGUCCACAUUGUCGCUGGACUCGCUGCCACCGCCGCCGCCGCCACCCGCUUUGCAUGCCGACGAGCAGGAUGUGUACGGAUCACAGCUAUCGCUGGCCUCACUGCCGCCGCCGCCGCCGCCCGAGGAGGUGCUGGCCUAUGUGGAGCCCACAUCGCCACUGACGCCAACGCCCAUGUCCAUGGGCAUGGGCAUGCCCAUAGGCAUGGGCUUGGGCAUGGGCAUGGGAAUGGGCAUGGGAAUGGGCAUGGGCAUAGUCAUGCCCAAUAGCAAUGGCACACUGCCGCCCGCGGUGCCCGCAAAGCCGAUGAAGCCCGCUGUGAAGCAAACGCUAAAAGCGGCGCCACCCUACAAAGCGCCGCCCGACUAUGUGGGACCCGCCGGCCUGGGCGGCGUCGCUGCAGGCGCUGCAGUCGUCCAGUUGCCGCCGCUGCCGGCGCCCGUGCAAAAGAAGGUCUCGUUUGCGGACUCGCCGGUGCUGCUGCGCCGCAAGAUGUGCUCACCGGAGCCGCAGUUGCCGAUGCGUGCGCCCAGCACAACGCUCAGCACAGGCUCCAACGGUAGCAUUGGCGCCGGCACCGGCGUCAGCGUCGGUGGGAUUCCCGGCUAUCAGCCGCAGCCUAUCUACUCGCCCGGGCCGCUGUUGCCGCCACGCACCGAUCUGUCGCGGCUGUCCGGCUGCAGCCAGAACGGCAGCGAUGUGGUGACAUCGCCGAAGCGUCUGCAGGAAUCGGCAUCGAAUCCGCCGCGCGAUUUCCUCAAGGAUCUGCAGCGUGUGAUGCGCAAAAAGUGGCAGGUGGCACAGAAAUGCAAACUGGAGCCGGCAACAACGCCGCACGAGGUGCUCGGCUUUCGCGAUUUCAACAACGAGGAUCUGCUUGCCGCCCACAAUCUCAACUCGGGCGCCAAUUCCUCGCACUACUAUCGCGAGACGGCCAAUGUCAGUCACUGGGUGCAGGAGCACUACGAAUAUGCGCACAACGAGUAUGCGCUCUACGAGAAUGUCCAUGCCCAGAGCAAUGGGGCGGGAGGCACCAGCACCAGCACCAGCAACACCACCAACAGCAAUAGCAACAGCAACAGCAGCAACAACAAUGCCACAACCACAGUGGAUGCAGCUGGUCCGCCGCCAGUGCCGCCGCCAGCGGCUGUGGCAGAUGCAACAGCGGCGCUGCGCAAAAAGCGUCCACCGCCGCCGCCGCCCAAACGAAGCGAUUCCACGCAUCUGACGCAUCGUGUCUAGAUACAGCGAGAUCCUCGCUCCAGCAGAGUUGUCGCCAGUGCAGUGCCACGGUCUCGCUCUCUCUCUCUCUCUCUCUCAUUCAUUUCGGAUCUCCUGGCUUCAACGAUCCUGCAACAACAACAACAAUUUCUACGUGUCUAAACUUAAGUGCAAAAACAAAUUCCUAACUAAGAGCGAAAAAAAAGCGAAACACAACCCUAAAUACUAGUACAUAAGUCUGGGGGCGUCAACACGCCCACUUCUCAAGUAUUAUAUAUUCAGUUCAGCUUCUUUAGCCUAUUUUUGAUGUGUGCGGCCAAAGUUUUUCUCUCUAAACUUGCAUAAUACUGACUGUACGAUUGCACGUACAGCGCUGUGCAUUUGAAUAGGUGCACUGCUUAAAUAUGUGUUCAAACUUUAAAAGAAAGUUUCGGUUUUUAUGAGCAGAAGGUAACAUUUUUGGUUUGUUAUCAAUUUAGUUAAGAAUAUAUGGGCCCAAUGCUUAUCCUUAGUUAAUGAGCUUUACUUUUAUAA